UUCCCCCUUAUCUGUCCCUGAGUUGUCUUCCAUGGCCUCUCUUUCUUGGAAAACCCAACCCCCCUCUUCCCUUCCUUCCUUUAUAUACUCUUCCACAUCUCUAUUUCCCCAACCAACAAACAUACCUUCUCUACCUCACACUCUCUCUCUCUCUCUCUCUCCUUCUUCUCAAUUUACAGAUUGUCAAUGGCUUCUCAGCAGAACCCACAAUCCAAUUUCCAAGAUUUGCUGCCCACCAUGGCAGACAAGCUUGGUGGGGAUGGUUUAAUCGGAGAGCUCUGUAAUGGGUUCAAUUUGUUAAUGGAUUCUAACAAGGGGGUCAUCACCUUUGAGAGCCUCAAGCGGAACUCUUCUCUGCUGGGCUUGCAGGAUCUGAGCGAUGAUGAUCUACGGUCCAUGUUGGAGGAAGGCGAUUUCGACGGUGAUGGGGUUCUUAAUCAGAUGGAGUUCUGCGUUUUGAUGUUUAGAUUGAGUCCUGAGCUUAUGGAUGAGUCUCGGUUGUGGCUUGAGCAAGCUCUUCAACAAGAGUUGAAGCAUUGUUAUUGAUUUUUGUUUUUCUCUCUUUCUUAAACUGAUUUUAUGUUCUGGGCUUUUUGUAUUUUCCUUUUUGAUGUUCCAAUUGAAUUGGUAAAAAAAAAAACAUAUACAGAAAUGAAAUUGACAUUUGACACGCACAAUUCCCCUUUGUUUCUCGUAUUAAUUUCCCUUCUGUAUCUUUCUUUAGACUGAAGUCUCAAAUCAGACCCAGAAAAAAUAAAAAGUCUCAAUGAAUUGAAUGUAUAUACCAGACCAGAGGAGAAACACUUACUGUUUUGCUAUUUCUGUCAAUUACGGAUAGUAACUUUUCCCCGUCGGGCCAGAGAGCUUCCUAGAAAUGCUGGAAGUCCUUGUCAGCUCUUUGAAUAUAGACUUCUCAAGAAAAAGAGAGUGGAGGCUGGUCAUCUUUGGGAAGGUUCUGGAAGCCAUAAGUGUGUGUGUUUUAUUUAUUAUUAUUUUUUUGGCAGCAAUUAUAACGAAAGAGUAGUAGAAUAAAAACUUGGAUUUUUGUU